AGGCCGGUCAAAGCGUAGACAGAGGUGUUAGGGUGGACAACGCUCAUAGAGUGUGUUCGUUACAGAAUUAAAUGGCGCCCAACAAUGGAGCAAGCCCGAUGCCUGAUCAGGCAUCUGUCGUUUGACAGCCGAGCUUCCCGAAAAUAUUUCAAUCCAUCCAUUUUUGUAAAAUUGUAGUUUCAGUUAGUAUUUCAUUUUUGACUUGGAUUUGAUGGUACUCUGGAUAGAUUCGGAGCCAUACCAGCAGAAAUGUUAUACUUUUGUUACAUGUUUUUCUAUCAGUUCGGUCAUACUCGGACAUUAUAGUUAAAAACAUUCCAUUUUGAUUAUUUGAUACUUCGGAAUUUUAGUUCUGAUUUAAGGUCGGUUCUUUACCAAGUUUUCAGUUUUCAAACCACAUCUUCUAUCCAAUUAAAAUCGAGAUUUGUUCUAGCUGGAAAAAUUCGGCUAGUCCCUCUUUUGAUUGGUUAGACCUCAAAAUACUAUUUUUAUAUAAUUAAUUCCGCAAACAUUUUCAGUUAAUAAUUAGUACCUAUCGAACGAAAAUCAACCUGCUGCUACAUUACUCCUCAGGAUAAGCCCCUCAUAUUUUUAUGAUACUACCGCAUUCCGUAUUUCUCAAGGAUCUUUCUCGUCUUGUCAUUGUUGAAUGAUUAUCGUAUACUUCUAUCGCAUAUCGUACAUAUCUAUCGCAUAUCGUAUAUUUCUAUCGCAUAUCGUAUAUCUUCCAUUUCUCUUUUUAAGUUUUUGAGAUUAGUUGGUUGUUUAGUUAGGUUUUAAAAAUGUCGGUUAGGCACAGCAACGAGAACUUAGUUUCUCUAGGUGAUGAUGUCUCAGUGAUGUGCACCCUCUGCAACGCAGUAGUUUUCGAAUUGGAUUUAAUUGAAACUGCUUGUAAACAUUGCUUUCAUAAGGCUUGUCUACAAAACUGGCUGCAGGAUAGCAACACUUGUCCAACAUGCUCUCAACCAUGUUCUCAGUCCCAGACGGUAUCUAAUCCGAAUUCCGGUAUGCAAAAUCGAAUGAUGACCAGAUCUAGGUCUCGUAACGCCGAUAAUCAGAACAUUAUUAUCGUCCCUCAGAAUGGCAACUUGAAUCCCCAGCAAGACAAUAGGCAAACUAUUGACUCAGAUGUAACCGAAGACCCAGAUCAGCAAAGUCUUGCGAAUCAAAUGCGAGCAUUUCAAAAAAGCAUGUUAGAGAACCAGAGAACAUUUCAAGUAACCAUGACAGAUACAAUCACAGAAAAAAUGACUCAGAUGUUUAGCCAAUUGAAUAGGUCUACGUUUGUGGAUAACAAUACGCAGCACGAAUUCCGUAACAAUUCAGGACAAGUCGGUUUCCAGAACAAUCAGGGUCAAAACAGUCAGCGAGUUAGGAACUCUUCGGAUGUGCGAAGCGAUCGCAGCGAUCUUUCUUUGGAUCGUCCUGACAGAAUUUCAAAUGUGAUUUCCAACUGGCGAAUCAAAUUCAGUGGGUCAGCUGACGACAUCGCAAUUGAGGAUUUUAUAUACCGUGUAAACUGUCUCACUACACAAAGCCUAAACGGAAAUUUCGAUUUGUUGUCGCAGUUUGCAAAUUUGCUAUUUGCAGGUCCUGCUCUAUCUUUUUACUGGCGUGUUCAUAGGUCGGUAGAUGACAUGAACUGGCAUGUAUUAUGCAGACGCUUAAAGGAGAGAUACUCAGAUCAGAGAUCAGACCGUGAAAUAAAAAGUGCCAUGCGUCGUCGUAAGCAGGGUUCAAACGAAAGUUUUGACGACUUUCUUGACGCAAUGCUUAUCAUAGCUAAUUCCCUCCGAGAACCCAUGCAUGAUAGUGAGCUAGCCAGCGAAGUGCGCCACAAUCUUAAGCCAGACUUGAAACUUGAGUUACUGCAUGUUGACACCCCUUCUUUGGAAGCUUUGCGUAAGGCGUGUGACCGCCACGAAGAAUUUUAUCGCGGCACUAAGUUUUAAAGCGUUGACUUCUCCUGACUCCUUUUUCAGUUUUAAUUGUUAGUCAGGGACUAAAAAUCAAAACUGUGGUUGUGGGAGUCAGUAUUUUCGGCCAAGUUGGCAUUCCUAGUCAAGACAUUACCCAUGGUAAUUAACAUAAAUAGCCCAGAUGCAACCCUUCAGUAGCAAGAAUCCGAUCCUCGCUAGAAUACCAAAAAUACCAUUUUUAUGGAUUUUGGGG